UUGUUUUUCUUUCACCAGCAGUACAGUGGCUAUUCAGACCAAGCCGUUGGCGGACAGUUUGCCAACGCGGGUCCUCCGGGUUACCCUGAGAAUACCGAUGGCGGUGGUGGCAGUGGUGGUUUCCAGAUGAUGAAUGAUCAGGGGGGAGUCGGUGACGGAAGCCCUAUCGCAGCAGCUGCUGGUUUAGACCAGGCUUGCGGUGGCGACGGCGACGGCGGAUCACCCAUGGGGCACGAGAUGCACCACCUUCACCACCAGAACCAGUCGCUAGAUCGGGGCAUUUCUUACUCCACAGGUAAUGCUUUCUCCAUUCCUUCUUCCUUCUCACAAUAG